CCAGACACAAACUCGGGGGCGUGGUCUACCGGCUGCUAGUGACGUCACGCCGUGUCUGUGAGCGCAGGGCUCAGUAAUGGCGACCGGAGGGCUGGCGGAGCGCGGCGGAGACAGAGGGUGACCGGCCCCGGGGGAGGAGCAGAGCCGGCCGGGACUCAGGAGAGAAGAAGCCGGGGAGAUAAGAAAGCCAAGUGUCCGGAGGGGAGCUCAGUGCGAGAGACAUGGGGAACUGUCUGAAGUCCCCCACCUCGGAUGACAUCUCCCUUCUACACGAAUCCCAGUCCGACCGGGCCAGCUACGGGGACGGGACCGACGGCGACCAGGAGCCCCCUCCCCCCUACCAGGAGCAGGCCCCAGUACCGGUGUACCAUCCAACCCCAAGCCAGACCCGACUAGCUACUCAGCUCACAGAAGAGGAGCAAAUCAGAAUAGCGCAAAGAAUAGGACUCAUACAGCACCUUCCUAAAGGGGUGUACGAUCCUGGACGGGAUGGGUCGGAGAAGAAGAUUAGAGAGUGUGUGAUCUGUAUGAUGGACUUUGUGUAUGGGGACCCCAUACGAUUCCUGCCCUGCAUGCAUAUUUAUCACAUGGACUGUAUAGAUGACUGGCUAAUGCGAUCCUUCACUUGCCCUUCCUGCAUGGAACCAGUGGAUGCAGCCCUGCUGUCAUCUUAUGAGACUAACUGAGCCUCUCCCGGACCUCGCACAACAAAACAAUGGCUGCCCAGGGUUCCCCUCGUCUGAACCCGAAGAGCCACGAGCAUACGGAUUAGGAGAUUGCACACAAAAUACUGAAUGACCUUCCUGUCGGCAUCCUUCAAUAUAUCCCAAGUACUUCACGUCAGAAGGAAUCCAUUUUUAUCACAGGAAUCCAACCGGGGGUUUAAAGUGGCGGCUCCUGUCUAAUGGAUGAUUUCUUCUCCCUCUCGGAUCCUAUCGUGCUUAAAAAAAAAAAAAACAACAAUGCUUUGUUCACUUCUAUGUUCCUGUCAUUGGAUACAAGGCCUAUUAUGUAUGUUAAUUCUAUUGAUUCUGUCUCCUGCCUUGUCAUUAUUCCGCACCUUCCACGUCUCCUUCAGUAGCCUGUUAUGAUGUUCUAAGUGAAUUUGUGAGGGUUUGUGUCUGUCAUUGUAUGGGGUUAAAGCCGCGCAUCGCCCUGGACAUUAUACGAGGCCUGGCGUCGGAUGGAUAUACUGGGCACUAGUGUUUUUGUCGCUCUGUAUGUGGACCUUUUUUGGACGAAACGCGGCUGAUAUAUGCACACAGUGAUGUCCGCUAGGGUGCUCAUCCUCCUGUGCUUUACCUCCUGGAAGGAUAGUCUGCAGAAGAGAGAAGAGGAAUCCACUCUUUAUAGAGACACCAGGCCCUCUGGGUCCGGGCACAUCUGUGCCAACGGUGAUCGAUUUGUGGAGGACAACUCCUGUUUUAAAGGACUGGCACGCAACUAGUUUUAACCCUUUGGCUCCCAGGAUGGCCUGUGACAGGCUUCUGGCUCCUCCUUGAGCGGAGGAUUUAUUUGCACCUUUUAUUAUUAUAAUUAAUUAUAUUAUAUUAUUAUUAUUUCUUUCCAUUGGAAAUGGAAAUUCCAUGGCCUUAGGUCCCUGUAACGUUGAACUUUGUCAUCACAGGACAGGCUCCUCACCCAAGCGACGCUGUCUGAUGCAGUUAGCGCUUCAGCUGCUGUGGAGCUACAGAUCCCAGCAUGCCCUGCUGCUCCCCAGCAGCUGGAGAGACGUAGCUUGCCCAUGCUUAGCCUAGCGAGAGGUGACUGCAGAAUAGUGUUGCAAUUAGAAUCACGAAGUGUUCGAACGUGAUCCAUUAACCAAACGUGAGUUCCUUUUUUUUUUUCUUUUUUCUUUUUUUUUUUUUUAAACUGUGUAUUUUAAGCAAAUACACAAAUUGCAGAACCUUUUUUUGUGUAGAAUAAGCCCCUGUGAGGUUCAGGACAUCCCCACCGCACAAGGUGGGCGCUUGCUGACUUCAAAGGGAUUAACCAUCAUUUGUGUUACAUUUAUGUUUAUGUAAUCACUACCGUAUAUUUUUCUGUUUGUGUGUUUUUUUUGUUUUUUUUUUUGUUUAAACUCAACUGUAUUUUCAUCAUCGGCCUUUGAAAAGUGGUGUUGCUAGCUCAGCAUCAGAUUAAAGCUGUGUAUUCUGAAAGUUUAAAC